UCUGUUACUCUGGCUCGCGUGUUUACGGUCUAUCUCCAUGACAGUGACAGUUGACUUUCGGUGCUCGGUGUCGGACUUUUUCGGUAAACGACAAAAAAAUAAAAGGUAAUGUGUGAGCGUGUCGCGGCCGAAAGUUGUUUCUGACCGCGGGGGGAAAAAUGGAUCGACCAGAGGAGGAGCUGGAGCAGAUUGCCACAUGGUUGACCAAGGAGGGACUUGCUCCUGACUCCCCUAAGGAGGCUCAGGUGUGUUUGCUAUGGCGCGCCCUUCAGCGCACAAGAAGCUGCCUGAGCAGUGUGACCAGGGACCAGGAGGCGCAGCGCUCGCAACACCUGGCAGAGAUGGCGGAGGUCCAGAAGUCCUUGGAGAAGAUGGAACACAAAGAUGUUUUGGCUCAGGAGAUACGAGACGAGAACGACCAGCUCAAGCACCAGCUGCGGCAGAUAAUAUCCAUUCAAGAUGCUCAGAUAAGCGAGGUGGCUAAAAUGCUGUACCAGCAGGGUCUCACAGAAUUGAUUCACAGCAGCCCCAGCGAGCAGGUGGCGUACCUCCUGGCAGAGAGGGCCUCCCUGCUCGAGACGAGCGAGGAUCCUGAUGGCCCGCUGGGGGCGGAGACACAGGCCCUGAACAGCAACACAGAACAGGUUAUUCCACAGUCUCCCCACAAGGGGGCGCCAUGUCACAGCCAGAGCCCAUGGAAGAGACUCUUUGGACUCCACAAAGCACAGAGCAAACAUACUUUUAUCCCUUCAAGCAGCAUGGAGAGGAAGUGUUCCCGUUUGGAGCGGGAUGUGGAGGAGGGCUGCCGCCGGCUGGCCAUGGCCCACAGUGAGAUCCGACGCCUGACUGAUGAGCUGGAGUCUGCUCACUUGACCCAAAAAACUUAUGAGCCAGAGCUGCAGGCAGCUCAGCAGGAGGUAGAAAAACUGAAGAAGUAUGAAAUGGUGGAAGUGCGAAAGGCCAAAGAGCUGAACGAUCGCCUGGACCUUGAGAUCAGAGCUUUGAGGAAUAGGGUACGCUGUCUGGAUGCUGAGAAGAGCUCUGUGCAGCAGAUGGUUGUAUGUCUGCAGAGGGAGGUGGAGAGGCUUGAGUCAGCCCUGCAGGAGCAGCAGCAGCUCCAGGCUGUGCAGGUCCAGGCUGACCAGGAGCUUUUUAAAUUCUGGGAAAUUGAGCUGAAUCAGAGCAAUCAGAUACAUCCCCCUAAGCAGCAUCUGGAUAAUUCCCACAAAGAUCCGGAUGACCUUACAACUACCAUCUGCACCAAAGAAAGCGAUCUUCGGGAUCCAAAGCCAUGGAAGCACAAAGAGGUAGAUUUACAGCACUGUGAAAACACUCACUGGCAAUUGGAAGACUCCUUUACUCCCAAGGAUAAACAGCUACAGACACAGCUGGACGAGGAAAAUUCACCACAUCAGGAGGCAGUCAGGACUCUGUUGUCGACCCAAGAUGAGUGCGAGACACUCAAGAAGGAGAUCUGUGAAACCCUGAAAUGCCUUGACAAAGAGCGCAGUAAAUACCACGAGGCAAAGGAAAAGCACAAGGCCAAACUGUGUCGGGCCAAACAGAGAUUUGAUGAUGAAACUGCGUGGCGUGACGAGAAGAUAAAAAGUCUAGAGCGAGAAUUGUCCUUGUGUUCUCAUUCAUUAGCAAAGGAGAAAGAGCUUGUCUUAAGUAUCACUACAGAAAAUGAGAAGCUACUCGUUGAGAGGACGAGGUUGUUAGAACAGCUAAAUGAGGAGGAGCACAACAAGAAAGACAGUAACCUCACAGCUGCUUUGUCCAAAUGCAGGGUGGACUUUCUAGAGAUGGAAAACAAGAAACUGGGAAACAAAAUACUCCACAUGUCCAAUCAGCUAGCUGUCCUGGAGCGAACCCUGCAGAACCUGCAGUCACCUCACUUUGCUGAGGAACUGAAGAAAUUAUACAAUCCUCAGCAGAUUUUUACACCUCUUUCUGCACAAACUUCAAGGGCAAUGAUGCCAAAACCUUCUGAAAUCCAGUCAUUACUGCUUGAUACUCAGAGCAGUCACACAGAGCAGACAGACGUGACUCCGCCCCCACAUGGAUUGAUCGCUGCUGCCCUGUCUCGAUCAGCAGAAAUGGGGUACCUGAACCUGACCUCCACUCAGGGCCACUCAGACCAUUCAGCUCCACCAGCCGCCCUCAGCAGCUCAGAAAGUUCAUGUUCCUGAAAUUUUCUUUCCACAACUUGGAUAUAUUGUAUAGAAACUAUUUAAUUUGUAAGAAAAAUAAACAAAUUCAAAAUCAA